AUGAGACUUCUUUUUGACAUACUUACCAGCCUUCUAGAUGCUGGUAACUAAAAAAAGGAUGCAAAAAUAUAAAUUUAAUCUUCACAACAAUAACAGAUUUCAAUUUUGGGUGCAUUAGGAAUAAAUGGAUUUUUGGCUUAUUAAUACGUUUUGGGAACCAUUAAUUGGUAAAUAUAUGCAUUUCAUCUAGUAUCAUUAAUAAUAAUGUAGUGUCAUCAUUAUAAAGAAAGAAAUACUAUAUUAAUCUUUGA